AUGUUGGAGCCACACCUCCAAUGCCAAAGACCACAUGGUCUCCAAGCACGAAAUCAUCCCCUCGGCGUGGCGGAGAAGGCUAAGCGGGCCAAGAGAGCUCGACUCCAGUUUGAAGCAGCAUCUGCGUACGUGGCCCAGCGUUUCGACGACUCGCCGUCGCAGGAGCUGGCAAUUAGAAAGCGACGUAUGCUGCAACGCCUGCGGGGACCGACACCAAAGGCACUCAAUGUGCACAUCUUCAGGUUGCUGACUAACGACGGUGAGCUGAUUUUAAUGGUGAAGAACAAGUCACUGGUCUAG